CGCAUGCGCGUUGCGGGAUGGCGGCGGCGGCGGGGCCGGAGGCGGCGGCGGAAGAUGCGGGAGGAGCGGGACCGGGAGCGGGACCCGGAGCGGCGCGUGGUGCCAGGCUGCCGCUGUCACGGGUGAAGGCGCUGGUGAAGGCGGACCCGGACGUCAGCCUGGCCAGCCACGAGGCCGUGUUCGUGCUGGCGCGGGCCGCGGAGCUGUUCGUGGAGAACAUCGCUAAGGACGCGUUUGUGUUCGCCCAGCAGGGGAAGAGGAAAACGCUGCAGAGGAAGGACCUGGAUAACGCCAUUGAGGCUGUUGAUGAGUUCGCUUUUCUGGAGGGCACUUUGGACUGAGCUGCUCAGCAAUGGGGUUCUGUGCAGAUGGGUCGGCCGGCACCGGCUGCACUUCCCAGCAGUGGGACACCAAUGUGGGCAGCCGCGGUGCUUUGUGUAACGACUGAGUGUCUGUAAGAUCUUUGUUGAAAGCUUUUGUUGUAAGUAUUUUGUAGGACUCUGACCUCCUUGUUCUGCUGCUGCUCCCCAGCCCUGCCCCCCCCCCAGGCACCAUGGAGCAGAGCUGAGCUCCCGAGGCAGCUCCCUGUUGGUUUAUCCCACCUGCUGGUCUGUAGAUACAUUAUUGAAGUGGAUGUUUUGGUCUCUGUGUGUUUUGUUGGGUUCCUUUUUGGCCAGUGCAAUUAAAGGCGGAGCUGUUUUGAGUGGCUGUUCUGAGUGAUGCUGCUCUGUGCUGCUCUGCUGUUCCUGUGGCACAGAUGCAGUUUGGAAGGGAUGCUCCGCUCCAGGCACACAGAUGAGCUGCAGAGAGGCUCGUGUUGCUGUUAGGGCUGCAUGGCUCCAUCAAGUUCUGCGAUGGUCACAGCUGGACAGUAAUAAAUCCCUGCUUUUGAA